AUGUGUCGUUCAUAUGGUGAUCAAUUUGAAAUAUUACUUAAAGAUAAACGUGAUAUAUCAUCUUAUUUAAAAAAACAACUUGAAUUACGUAAUGAACAAGUUUUUGAUUUAAAUGAUCGUCUAAUUGGUUUACAACAAGCUAAAGAUUAUGAAAAAGAUUUAUAUGAAAAAAAAUUACAAACUUUUAAAGAAAAACAUCAAUUAGAAAUUGAAAAACUUGAAAAUGAAAAUAUGUUACUUAGAACACGUUUAGUUGCUUUAGAAGAAUUUGAAUAUCAACGACAAACGAUGGAAAAAACAAUUGACGACUUAAAAAAUUUAAUUUUAGCAAAAGAAGAUGCAUAUAAAAAAGCUUUAGAUGAAAUGGAAAUAGCUUUAAUAGUUUUUAAAAAUCGAUUAAAAAAAGAAGCAAUUGAAUAUUUAAAUGAUCUUGCUAUUGAAUUUCGUCAUAAUACAAAAAAUCAAAUGUCAAAUACAAUAAAACGUGCUAUACAUGAAAAUUUCUAUUUAAAUAAUCAAAUUGAUUAUCUAUCAAAUCAAUUAGAAAAAUCUAUUGAAAUUAAUAAAAAAUAUACAGAAGAUAAUCAACAUUUAACACGAACAGUUGCUAUUUUAGAAGAUGUUGAAAUACAAUCAGCUAAAAAAUAUAUCGCAAUUGAAAAUAUUAUUCAAAUGUUAUGUAAGAAAUUAAAAGAGUGUAAAGAACAAAAAAAUAUUGUUAAUGAAAUUUUUAUACCCAAAGAAACAAUCGAAAAAGAAUCAACCAAAAUGCUUUUUAACGAAGAAAAUAAUCUUAAACAAAAAAAUGAAUCUAUUGAAAUAACAAAUUUAAAAGAAGAAAAUAAUUUAUUAAAAAAUAUUAUUGAACAAGCAGCAAUAUCAAUUACUGAUGUUGUUCAGUCUCAAGAUGAUAAUAAUGAAACAUUAAAAAUCGAAAAACGUAAUGAUAUGCUUGAACAAUUAUUAUCACUUCUAUUAAUUUCACAUCAUUUGGGUGGAACUUCAUUGCCAUUACAAAAAAAGUCACCUUUUCUAAAAGGAAUUUUUCCAGGAUCACGACUUGGCCUACAUGGAAUUCAUCCAAAUUCAUCAACAAAAACAAAUACUCAUUAUUGUCGUGGUGAUUUAGGAAUAGUACCACAUGAUAAUUAUAUUGAAAAUACUCAUUCAAAUUAA